GUUGCUCCGCCGUUCCGCAACUUUGAGUCGGUGCACGCCUCGACCAGGAGCUACUGUGUGAAAAUAACAAAAAAAACUAUCAUUAUUUAUUUUCCCCAUUCUUUGGCGAGAUGUGAACUAUGAUAGACCCAGAAGUGAUGCUUUAGUGGACGAUCUAUCCGUUGACAAGUUUUGGGCGACUGAAAUGUGAAAUCUUGUGGAGGCAAUGGGAACUCCAGCUUACCUUCACCUCUGAAAAUAAGACAAAAAAAAAAAAAAAACAAGACACAAAAAAAAAACAAGAAGAGAACUCGAGGGCAAAGACGGAAGGCAAAUAAAGGAACUUCUUCCCUUUCCCUCAAAAAACAAGAAGAAGUUUGGGUCCCUCGAAUACUCCAGGAGCGAUCAAGAGUCCGGACAAAGUGGCCAAGAAAAGUCAGCUUCAUUGAAGAACAUGAGUUAGGCUUUUCUUCAUCUCUCUCUCUCUCUCUCUCUUUCUCUUUCUCUCUCUCUCCUCAUCUCCCUCUGCCAGGAUGGGCUUCAGAAGAUUAAACCCCGUGAUCCAGACCGGCGCCCAUGGAUGGUGUUUUCUCAACGCCCGCCAUGCUGCUCUCACGGCUGCAAUGUACACGAUUUGCUCGUCUGUUAUAGUUAUUCUUCUGUACACUUGGAGGAUCCUAGUUAAUUGGUAUGACCCUGAACAACUACUAGAUGUGUACUAUGGUGUGCAGGUUUCCUACGUCUCCACGCUUGGCACUCACAUCACUCUCGUCUUCCUCAGUAGUUUCCUGCUCAUUGGCGUCCAACAGGAGCGGUGCGGCUUAGUGACGCCUUGGGUUGUGGGAAAUAUCGCCUUUAUGGCCCUCGAAGCCGUGUGUUGUAUGUACUCCAACGUUCUCAGGAACCACAUUAACAAGAAAUUUGAUGGAUUAUGCAAAGCUGAGAUGGCGUUUUAUAUCACAAGAUUCAUUCUCAAUUUCUUGUCGCUGUGGGCAGUCAUGAGGUUCUUCCGGAACAUUCGAGCUGGCAUGACCUACAAGGAUCCUGAGGCCAUAGAACUCUGAAAGAAUAUCGACCAUCCGUCAACAGUCAGCCCCUUCAAUUCAGCCCCCCCC